AUCUCCCAUGAUUCUCUCCAGAAGACACCAUUCUCCAGUCAAGAGAAAGAGCAAGACGAAGCAGCGGCGAUGUCUGGACGCGGCAAGGGAGGAAAGGGUUUGGGCAAAGGUGGAGCAAAGCGCCAUCGCAAGGUUCUCCGCGAUAACAUCCAAGGCAUCACUAAGCCGGCGAUCCGCCGCCUUGCUCGCCGUGGCGGCGUUAAGCGCAUUAGUGGGCUUAUCUACGAGGAAACAAGAGGUGUUCUGAAGAUAUUUCUGGAGAACGUCAUUCGCGAUGCAGUAACCUAUACUGAGCACGCUCGUCGCAAAACUGUCACCGCCAUGGAUGUUGUCUAUUCCCUCAAGCGUCAGGGACGCACUCUCUACGGAUUUGGUGGCUGAGCUCUCUUUUGGGAGCUGUUAGUUGGGUAAGUGAAUGGCGGUUGAACUAUUAGGGUUUUCUUCUGAAUCUAUGUUGGAUGUAAAUUUUCUUC